ACUUCGGUCACACUUCAACAUUUUGGAUUUUAUUUUCUGUGUGUUUUUCCAAAAUUUCCUCCGAUUCUGGCUCUAAGCUUUUGCGGUUUUUCUGAAAAUUGUGCGCACCUCCAUGCGAAUGCCGCACGGCGCGAUAGCAAUCACUGGAACUUGAUGCCCUACCCACAGGCAUGGCGGUCAAGGUGCAAUUCGAAAUUGGCCAUACGUCGAAGCUGCGCAGCAAGAAGACACCGCAUCCGCAGGCCUUUACGCACGACUGGGAGAUCUAUGUCCAGGGUGUAAACAAGGCGGACAUCAGUGCCUUUGUGGAGAAAGUGGUCUUUCUGCUGCACGAAUCCUUUCCCAAACCUAAACGAGUGGUCAAGGAACCGCCGUAUGCCAUUCAUGAGUCCGGCUACGCUGGCUUCCUACUGCCUGUUGAGAUUUACUUUCGCAACCGCGACGAACCCAAGCGCAUUGUUUACCAGUACGACCUGGUACUGCAGUCCAGGUCGUACUGGUAAACAAUGCAGUACGACCUGGUACUGCAGUCCACGGGUCCACCGCAGCACCACGUAGAAGUAAAGACGCAUAUUUUUGAAGCCCCGUCGGAGGAGUUUCGCACGAAACUUAUGCGAGGCGGUGGAGUGCCAGUGUUUGGAGCUAACAUCGGUGCCGGUAGUCUCGCCCGAACGCUUUCGCCCAGCGUUGGCAGCGGUGAGACGUCGCACAGUAAUGAGAUGGCUGGUGUCAAAGCCAAAGGCGUACCUGGUACAAUCUCCAUGAACGUGGAUUCGAAUACCGGCAAGAAACACAAGUCGCGCAGCGAGGAUCCCGGAAAGAGCAACGCCUUCUCUGCCCUCUUCGGUCCGCCCAUCACCAAGACCACCGUAAUGGCCAACAACAUGGCCCAGGUCCCUGUUUCCAAGCACUCUCCAGAGGCUAAAACCGCAGGCGUCGGUGGCAAGGGUGGCUUUCACGAGGGCAGGGAGAAGGCGAGCAAGGAUCGGGAUAAAUCCAGCGGUGGAGACAAGCCGCGGGAAAAGGACAAGAAGGAUCGGCAUGGUCGCGACAAAGACCGAAAGUCCAGCAAGUCCGGCGAUGGCAAGCACGAACGGGAUAAGGAGAAGUCCAAAAAGGAUAAAUCACGGGACAAGGAGCGUGAACGCGAGCAAAGCUCAGGCAACACCCCUUCUGCCAGCGCCCUAACGGUGAGUACUUCUGUGGGCACAGCUGGAGGAUUGGUUAAACACACAGCUAGCCCAAAGCCUGGAAAGCCAAACGAAAUGGGUGCGCCCAGUCCCAAGAAGACGGCAAAUGAUUUAAGCGUCGGUGCGGCAGCACCUGCUUCCCGUUCCAAAGAGCGCGACGAGCACAAGUCCGUCAAGUCCGAGUCCAAGGACAAGGAGCGGAGCUCCAGCAAGAAAUCCAAAAAGGAGAAAAAGGAUAAGGACAAGGAGCGCGAUCGCGAUAAGCAGCGCGAUGAGAGCAAAGACAAGCGAAUGCCCAAAGAAGAGCGUUCUGGCCAGUCCGACAGUCCGGCCGCCGGAAAUCUUCAAUCUGCCCACCUGCAGCAGCAAUCCCAGGUGGCCAGUACCGGUAAGGCCACGCCCACAUCGGUUGGCAGCAAUAGCAGCAGCAGUAUGGUCUCUAGCAGUGGCAAGCAAAAAGAGGAGGCCACGGGCAAGCAUUCCGAGAAGGGGGCAGACUCCAAGGGUGAUAAGACCACAAGCAAUGGAAAUGCGACAGACACCAAGAAAUCGCACAAGCACAAGAAGAAGGACAAAAGCAAGGACAAGGAAAGGGAGCGCAACGAUCGGGACAAGGACAAAGACAAGGAGCGUGACAAAGAUAAGCUGAAGGAAAGGGAGAAGGACAAACAGCAUCUGACCGGCUCCGAGAAGUCAUCGGCUGUCGAGCCAUUGGCCAAAAUAGAGGGGGCGAGUCCUGCCACCGAGGGAGGGGCGCCGGACAAGACCCUUGCUAGUGCUACUGCCAGCAGCGGCAGCAAGAAGGAGAAGCACAAAAAGUCCAAGGAGAAGUCCUCUGGGAAGGAUGAGAAGCGCCAACGGGAGACCGGCGAUAAGCAAGCCGAUCCCAAGCACACUGGAAAGCAGCAGUCACAGUCGGGUCAGACACAGAACAAAACUCCCAGCAACCUGGAUCUUAGCGAUAUGGACUCAGCCCAGUCGGCGCCGGAUCUAGCUGCCACCAAUGCUCUGGCUGCUGCAGCAGCUGCCACCCUCCAACACUCGGACAGCUCCAACAGCAGUUUUCCCGACCUACCCGCCAGGAGUAGCAGCCAGCAGAAGCCGACGAAGGGCACUACCGCAUCCGGCAAGGAGGCAAAGUCUGCUGGCAAGGAACACAAGGGCAAGUCGAAGCAAAGCGACAAGAACCUUGAAAAAAACAGCGACAAGAUUGAAAAGCCAGACAAGACUCCGGACCCCAAACUGGAGAAGUCCGAGAAGUCGGAAAAAGAGGAGAAGAAGCGCAAUCGAAGAAGCUCACAAAGUAGUAACAGUGGCAGUGGCGCAGGAGUCGCCGGUGCUUUCAUUGAACCUCCUGUUAAGGCCUCAAAAAAGGAGCAGAGUAAGGCGGCAGGCGAAAAAUCCAAGUCGCCCUCGCUGCGUCCAGCUAGAGAAACCAACUCCACAGGCACUGGAGCCGGGACGCCCAAUGCGGGAUCCGGAUUUCUUGCUCCGCCAUCAUCUUCGCCCAGCAACAACCAUAGCGCAGCUAUAGCGGCUAGCUUGAAUAAUAAUAAUAAUAUCAACAACACAAACAGCAACAGCAGCCAUUCGCCCGGCGAGCUACUGACGCCCGGCCAGCUCCAGCUGCCCACGGAGUAUUUGAGCGAGCUCCAGGAGCUUCACCACAAGAUUAUGACGCUGCAGGACAAUGAGGAGUUGCAGCAGGUGGUAGAGAUGAUCGCGGCCACCGGCUGCUACGAGAUCACGCACAAGACGUUCGACUUCGACCUGUGCAAGCUGGACCGCGGCACCGUGCAGCGCCUGCAGGAGUUCCUGGCGACGUCGGUCUCGUGACACUCCCUGACCUCCGCGCCUGGCCCGGCUCUCUACAGCUAGACGAUGCACAAACCCCUCAUGCACAUAACCAAAUCAUUAAUCUUAAAGUUAACGAUGUAAGCCAAAUGCAAAUGAACUUGGCUCGCACACAGCCUCAAUUCCCCAAGCUAGAUCGUAAGUUUUUUGGCCCAAGGGGCCCACAAGACCCGACCGAUUUCGUUUUUGAAAAUAUUGAAGUCGUCCUUUAGUUUUUGAGACUCAUUUGUUUUAAGACUCAUUUCUUUUAAGACAUAUCUUAAAUUAUUUUGGAAUCCUAUUCGACUCUAACUAGACGAUUAUAACGUUCUACGCAUUUGCUACGCUAUUUUUUUAAAAAUAUUUUUUAUUAAUUUAAAAAACACUAGUUUACACCAAGAGUGUACCUCUUUAAAACCUUGUUCCCCUUUUAUGGAGAUCUUGAACACACUCUAUAAAACGCAAAUGCAACUAUGGUUCAUUGAACUCUAUGCAAUAAUUAUAAAUAUUAUCUAUAUUUAAUGACCGUUUCAAAGUCAGCUGCCCGUAUUUUAUGUUAAAGGUUUUAAGGUACUCACCAAAAAGGUAAAGUUUGUAAACUAGUGCUAAAAUUUUGCGAAUAAACCACUACUUUUGUACGAUAUUUACGUACUUACUUUUCGUUUGUUUUUAGUUCCUCCUAAAUUUACCCAAUAUAUCAUAGUUUCAAGUAUUAUAGUUAACCUAUCUAAGAUAAGAGGCCUAUAUAACCAAAAAAUGUGCGCAGUGUAUUUUAGUCUACGGUUAAUCUGCCUAAGCGAUCUAAACAAAAGUGAAAUAUUAACUCUUACUUAAGAAAGGGAUUAGCAUCAGCCUUGAAAUAUAUGAGGAUAUAUAUAUAUA